ACUUCUCCUCCUCUUUCUUCUCUCCACCCCUCAGCACCACAGAGGCAAGCUUUGGAUCAGCUCACACAGCUAAUCUAAAUACUGCAGGAGCCAAAGCCUGCAGCUCUGACUUCAGGUCAACAUUAGAGGCUUUUACCUGGAGACAGUUGUAUUUUAGUCCAGAGAAGUGUGGGGGCUUAGAAGUCGCCAUGGUUGACAGCAUGGACAUGGAGAAGCAGCAGAAGCGCUGCUGCAUCAGUGGCAAACAAGGAAUUAUCAUCGGUGUGACGGUGUUGGUGUGCUCUUUGGCAGUGGGCCUUGGGGUGGGCCUCUCUUUGCCUGACACCACCACCACACCAGCCCCCACAGCAGAGCCUACACAGCCCCCCUCAUCUGGCAGAGGGCCCUGUACGCCUUCCUCUGACUCCAGCGGGGACUGGAGGAAUUUCCGUCUGCCCCGCUACGUGAACCCGAUCCACUAUGACCUGCACCUGGAGCCAGACCUGGUCGACGACACCUACACGGGCACUGUGGAAAUCCACGUGGAAGUCAGCAAGCCUACCCGCCAUCUGUGGCUCCACAUCAGGGAGACAUUUGUCAGUGCCAUGCCCAGGCUGAGGAUGCUGGACAGCCAGGGGGGGCAGAAGGAGGUGUCUGUAAAAAGCUGCUUUGAGUACAACCCUCAGCAGUAUGUGGUGGUGGAGGCCACAGAGGAGCUGCCCAUCACUGGCCCAGGAGAGGUGUACGUGCUCAGUCUGGACUUCCAGGGGUGGCUGAAUGGCUCUGUUGUGGGAUUCUACAGGGUCAUCUACACUGAGCAGGGGGUCACCAAAAAGAUUGCUGCAACUGAUCAUGAGCCAACGGAUGCCCGCAAGUCAUUUCCAUGCUUCGAUGAACCCAACAAGAAGGCUACUUACAAAAUCUCCAUCACGCAUGAUGCUAACUAUAAUGCUCUGUCCAACAUGCCACCUGAGGGAAACCCUCAACAACUGCUUGGCAAUAAAGUGAGGACCUCCUUCCAGAAGUCCAUUCCAAUGAGUACCUAUUUGGUAUGUUUUGCUGUGCACCAGUUCAGCCAUGUGGAAAGAACAUCCGCCCGAGGAAUUCCUUUGAGAAUCUACGCCCAGCCAACUCAAUUAGACACCGCAAUCUAUGCUGCCAACGUGACCAAGGUCAUCUUUGAUUACUUUGAGGAAUACUUCAACAUGUCAUACUCCAUCUCAAAACUGGAUAAGAUAGCCAUCCCUGACUUUGGUACUGGUGCAAUGGAGAACUGGGGCCUCAUCACCUACAGGGAGACCAACCUGCUGUAUGAUGAGAAGCAGUCAUCCUCCUACAACAAGCAGCGAGUGGCCAGUGUUAUCGCCCAUGAGCUGGUUCACCAGUGGUUUGGGAACAUUGUGACUAUGGAUUGGUGGGAUGACCUCUGGCUUAAUGAGGGCUUUGCCAGUUUCUUUGAGUACAUCGGUGUGGAGAAAGCUGAGCCCAACUGGGGCAUGCGAGACAUCAUGAUAAUCAGUGAUGUGCUUCCUGUCAUGGUGGAUGACGCUCUCCUCUCCUCUCACCCAAUAAUUGUGAAUGUGUCGACCCCAGCAGAGAUCACCUCUGUGUUUGAUGCCAUAUCAUACAACAAGGGAGCGUCCAUUCUCAGGAUGCUGGAGGACUGGAUGGGUAAAGACGUGUUCAGAGACGGCUGUAGAAAAUAUUUAAAAGACUACCACUUUAAGAAUGCCAAAACUGACAACUUCUGGGCAUCUCUGGCUAGUGUGAGUGGGUUGCCAGUUGCAGAGGUUAUGGACACAUGGACCAAACAGAUGGGUUAUCCUCUUCUGAACCUGUCUGUCUCAGAGGGGACUGCCAAACUGAGCCAAAAGCGCUUCCUCCUCGAUCCCAAAGCUGAUGCCAGCCAGCCUCCUUCAGCUCUUGGCUACAGCUGGACCAUCCCAGUCAGAUGGCACUCUGUGAAAAGCAACCAGAAUAUAUUGACUAUGUUUGACAAGAGCGACAAAGAGCUUAUUAUCAAAAACUACUCACCUUCUGUGGAUGGCCUGCUGAAGAUCAACCAUGAUCACAUUGGAUUCUAUAGAGUCAACCAUGAUGGCCACCAGUGGGAUGCUAUCAGCCAACAGUUUCAAAACAACCACUCGGAGUUUGAUGCAGCUGAUCGCACAAGCUACAUUGAUGAUGUUUUUGCUCUUGCAAGGGCAGACAUCAUAGAUUAUGGCAAUGCCUUCAACCUUACCAAGUAUCUAACAAAUGAGACUGAGUACAUAGUCUGGGACCGUGUGGCCUCUUCUAUCGCCUAUGUUCGGGACAUGCUGUCAAACAAUGCUGAACUCUACCCAAAGUUUCAGACACUGUUUCGUUACCACGUUAAAGCAAUUUCAACUCAACUUGGGUGGAAAGAUGAAGGAGAACAGACACAGAGGUUACUGAGGGAGACUGUGCUCAGCAUUGCCUGUCAGAUGGGAGAUAAGGAGGCCCUGAAUGAAGCCUCUCGCAUUUUUGACCAGUGGAUCAAUGGAAGAGACGUAGAGGUGAACCUAAGGCUACUGGUUUAUCGAUAUGGCAUGAAGAACUCAGGCACAAAGGCAAAAUGGGACAUAAUGUUCCAGAGGUACAAAGACACUUCUCUGGCUCAAGAAAAGGACAAGUUGCUGUAUGGACUGGCAUCUGUGGAGAAUGUGGAACUUCUGCACAGGCUGCUAGAGGCAACUAAAGAUGAGAAUGUGGUGAGGAGUCAGGAUCUGUUCACUGUGGUGAGAUAUGUGUCCCUCAACCCACUGGGCCAGAGCAUGGCCUGGGACUGGACCACACUCAAUUGGGACUACCUGGUCAACAGAUACACCAUCAAUGAUAGGAACCUUGGCCGCCUACUGAGUCGAAUCACAACCACCUACAACACAGAGCUCCAGCUGUGGAAGAUGGAAAAUUUCUUCAGACUGACUCCAGAUGCUGGUGCUGGGGAGAUGCCAAGGCAGCAGGCGCUGGAGACUGUGAGGAACAACAUUGAAUGGAUCAAGAGGAAUGAGGACGAGAUCAAAGGGUGGCUGCACAGCAAUGUUGCUUAAGACUGCACUGAUGCAGAGCAGGAGCAUUCACAACCCCCUGUAGAUACUCCCAUUCAGUACACAGGGUGAGGUUGAGUUUGUAUUCUUUUUAAGGGCCACAGGAGGGGGCUGCUGAUCUGAAUCAACAUUGGAAAAGAGAACAAUCAGAACAAAUCAAACACAAAACAAAUGGUGACAGUGAUGGCCUUUUCUUUUGCUCUACUAACUAAUUUUCUGUUCAUUUCUGCAGUCAUGCUCAUGACUAGGAUAUUUAUAUAUUAUUCAGCCCCUACUUCUCCAUGUACUUUACACAUUUUAUUAUUGUUUCGUCAAUAUAUUUUUGUAAAAUUUUAACUUAUAAAGGAAAUCUGAAUUAUUUUGUUAUCAACAGGUCACGAAUGCAAAUAUUUGUAUGAUACACUCUUUUGAAUUGAAUUAAAUUGACUUUAAAUCUCCGGUGUUUGAAUCCUCAUGAGCAGCUGUGGACUGUAUCAUGGUGCAGGUAUAUUAUGCACUUUGGAAGUGACAUUUUGUUCAGUGAGGAUUUUCCUUCACCUGGGCAGCCGACAUGAUCAUAAAAUGAGAGCCCUGUAUUUUUUUAAUUUGCACACAAUGUCUCAACAAAAUGCAAAUGUUGGAUGUUGGAAAUGAGAAGUUGAAUGAAUAC